UGUAAAAGGUUGUCUGUUACUAAUUUCCGCGCAAAGUUUAUUGCCGCGAAAGGAUUCCUUUGUCCUGAUCCACAAGGAUCCCUUCUUCGUAUUAUGAGUCCGCGCGAGGUCUGCGAAUUAUCUCGGCCCAUUGAUGAGCCGGAUCGUAUAGAACGUGUGGAUUCCCGACGAAGUUCUCGUAAUCCGACAAAAUUUUGUGACGGCUAUCCCGCGAAACUUUUACGCCGGGUGAUUUGAAUUUUUUGAGUGUAACUGUGGUUUAAAAGUUUACUAGGACUUUUAGAAGGCCUUGAGUGGUCGUGAAGUGGUUAUAUCGAGAAGAUCUUUUGGACUUAAGCAACAAUGUCGACCGGGAAACGUCUCGCGAAGCGCUCUAUCAUCGGCACGCGCGUAGCGGCGCUCGGGGACGAUGGACUUUACUACUCCGGAAUGAUUCAGGCAGUGAAAACACCAGCACCCUUCCCGGAGAACAAUAACUGUAUCAAUUUAACCCCCAACACCCGGUACACGGUGCGCUUUGACGGUGGCAAAAUAGUUAGAGAAUAUCGUGACGUCGAACUGAUUGGGCCUGGGUUUCGGGGCAUGACUGGUGUUUGUUUGAAAGCCGGUCAGCGGGUUUUCCUCACGUACAACGGCCGGGAAGUGCGCGCUGACGUCAUAGAACAUAACCACGAGACUGAUGAGUUGCGUGUUCAGGUACACGCGCCUGCUUCAGAGGCUCCAAUAGAAUUAAGGAAAAAACUGGAUGAAAUUCGGCUGAUGGAGUCCCGUAAGUCUGCGAGGCUUGCUGACGUGGACACAGACUUCGCCAGACUUGCAGACAUGGCAGGCGACCGUCGCAGGGCAUCUGCUACCAUCGAAGUACCAGCACAUCACAUGCAAGGAUCUCGGAAGCGUGGUCCCAGCAGCUCGUACGACUUGGGUUAUGUGGAACGUGACGAAAUGAACGAGUGUAAUGCAGCGCUGGUACUCAUGUCUUUGAGUUGCUCACCUAACUCACCCAGGCCCAGUGCGUGGGGUGGCCGUUCUUCAGUGUCUCCAGGAGCCAGCAGCAGCUCGGGGUCUUCAUGGCGAUCUGGCACACCGUCUCCACCUCCCGUCUCGUCAUCAUUCAGCGACGAGGGUAUCGCUAUGGAUUACGAAGAUCCACAUCCCCGCAAGAAGAGGGUCAACAGUAUUGUUUUCGAGUGUACUUGGAGGGGCUGUGGCUACAUCACACACACUUGCAUGUCCAUUGAGUCUCACAUCAGGCAGUCACAUUUAGGGCCAAAAAAGGAAGGUGAGAGCGACCAUGAGGAAGAGUUUUACUACACCGAACGUGAGAUCUCCGUCCCAGCACCUCCUCCCACUCUCUCACAUCGGGACAUGUGCCGCCCGCCGCAUGAGGAUCCUGACUACCAGCGUCAAAUUGUUGGAUCUUAUCGGCAAGGGCUUCUCUCAACCAUGCAGAAUAGUUCGGCGAGGUCCAUAAGCAUUCCCGUCACUCAUUCCUGGUCAACCUCACAUUCACCGAAACACAUGAAGAUUUCAGGUGCGAACGGUUCCCCGGGAAGUCCGGGACGUCGACCCCGCUCAGACAAUAAAAAGUGCCGCAAGGUUUACGGCAUGGAACAACGGGAUCAGUGGUGCACUCAAUGCAAAUGGAAAAAGGCGUGUACGCGCUUCGGUGAUUAGCGUUUACCGACACGGUCGCAACCACCACGUGUUGUGUCGAAUCCAUAGACAUUCUGCUCCGGCAAUGAUUCCUGUGAGGACAAUUAAUCGCCACCGAAAAGUAUUCCUGCACCAAGUUGUAGCGAGUAACGUUGAACGGAAAUAAUUUUACUUUAAGAUAUAUACGGAGUAAUACUAGAUUUAUUAUAAUGUUUGAGGGAGACAUAUUUUUAUUCUAAAUGUGCUAUCGAACACGUGUUUUGACGAUACAAACGCGUUUGCCCACGUAUUUAUGCAGUGCAGAUUGCCUUAUAAAAAUAUCUACGUGAAUCGUUCUCGGUUGAGACUGUGAAUAUUACUUUUAGGUAUUUAGAUUUACAUUUAGACUGACGUAAUGCAGUGUGAAAACGUGUCUUUGCUUCGUAGCCCUAUCACUGGAAUAGUUAAUAUCGCUAUUUUGUUACUACGUUCACUUUCAGCUUUGCAAUAGUUUUGAGAUAGAGUUUUAGAGCCCUGAUACUUAACAAAUAUUUUUUAUAGUAGCAAAUAUUUUUGUAACCACAUACUUCAAAGUUUAUAAAUUCAAAAGUAUAAAGUAAGAUAUGUAUUCUCAAUUCUUUAACGUGAAAUUCUUUGGCUUGAUUCUGUCACAAAAUUUAAAUCGUAAAUAAAUCAGAUACUGAAGGUAAUCGAGCAAAUUGUAGUUGCGCUAUUGGUACAGGUUCCUAAAUAUAUCAGACGGCUAUUUUUCGUUAUUGUGUCAGUAAAUUCCGUCCAUAUCUCAAAGUGCGCCUUUAACAGAACUAUUUCCUCGUUUUCACACUGCUGUAUCAAAAACGUUCACAUUUUAAGUCGACUUGGCAUUCCAGUCGCGAUUUGGUCAGUGAUAUAUCACUGCUUAUUUGUAUGCAUUGACUGAAUAAUUAGAUAUCGUAAUAAUUAUAAGUUUUCUCAGGUUUUACUAAAAGACUACACAAUGUUAGAAUUAAAUUUUAUUACAUAUCUGUUGGUAAACACGUCGGUUCAGUCGGACAGAUAAUACUCAAUUGUAUUCCGCUUAAAUGCUGUUGUAAGGUACUUGUAAGCCUGGAGAGAAGACGAACAUCGGAUUGACAAGGAGCGGGUGAACAAAGUAGGGUAGAGACCACAGUAAAAUGAGAAUAAUAUCGCUUAAAAAGCUAUCCGGUCUGAACACAAGUCGUAACACUAAAAUUGCACUGAAUUUAGAUACCGGUGAUAAUGCGCUGCAACUUCAGACCGGAUUAUUAAUUAUUAUCUAUACCACCGAUAACUAUCAAGUGUCAAUUACUAUUUGAUGAUGUUUCCUACACAGUUUUUUUUAUGACAGGUUAUGGUAAAUGUUUGUAAAAAUUAAAUCCGGGAAAGUUGAUGACAUGUUAGUUUUUGUUUUAUAUCCUGAAUCAGAUAUAAAAAGCUACUGUUAUUGUGGUCUUUACUAUUUGUUGUGGUAUAAAUCGGAUUGAGAUAAUUAGUAAGGAGUUCGUUGAGAGGUAUGAGAAAAUCAAAGUGAAAAAUCUAUUAUUCUUGAUGGUUCAGGAACUCUUUGAGUGCUUUAGAUGGGUGUCAUGUUCGAGAACAAUAAUUGCACUUUUCUGGUAAAGUGUUAUAUCAAGUGAAUGACUUAUGUGUUAUUAAAGUGGACUAUCAAAUUAUAGGACGCUCAGUUUGAUACGGAAGUCGGAACAACAUUGCGAGAUGCAAUAUUAUUUAUUAUAUUAUAUUAAAGUAUUAUUAUUAAAUGUAUUUUGUACAUAGAUAACUUUAUUGAGAAUUAUAUUAAUAUAUUCUAUUCAAAGAAAGCAAUGUGUACAUAUAAAUUUUUAUUCUUAGAUGUUGAUAUUGUUACUUAAUGUGAUGGUUGAAGUCGAUAAAUUUUAUAGUGACGCUGUGUGUGUUAUAAUACGUUAAUUCUAGAUUUUAAGCAUAAUUUAUAGGGGAAUCUUAAAAAUCGUGUCUUAUGCUAUAAAUAGGCGUGGUGGUACUAAAGCGCGAUAUUCGUGUGUUUAUACAGUUACAAGUUACCGUAGAAUACAUCGACGAAAAUUUCAGCUUAAUAUUAAAUAUUAUUUAGUUAAAAGUGCCAAUUACAGAUUCGCUGCAUCUGAAGUAAGCGAAUAAGUUUGUUCAUUUUUGUAGAUUUUAAAAGAAAUCUAACGCACAUUUACAGAUAGUUAUAGCUACGAUCGUACGUAUAGUAAUAAAUCGUUACAAAAUUUAAGUAAGCAAUUGAGAGCUUUCUAUAUUCUAAAUUUAUAUCAUAUAUUGAAAUUUUUUGAAGAUAUUGAAGCCUUUGAUUGGUACAAUUUGAAAUUGUGUGUACAAAACGAGAAUUGUAACGAUUUGUAAAGAAAAUUUAAUAUUUCAUAAUCUUGCCAAUAAACAAAUUUAAUGAAACAGCAAUUUAACACGCCAAAGUUUACGUGAGACCUAAAUUAGGAGUGCUUUUGCUCCACCUUCUCACACUGCGUAACUAACUUUGACAGCAGAGGAAAAGUGAUAAAAUGGAGAGCUAACCAUCAUAAAUAUUUUUUGCCCAUAAACCUAACGGGGGCUUUUCUUGUAAAUAAUCGAGUAUAUUGAGAAAUGAUUUAAAUAUUGGUUUAAGCUGAUGGUCAUCUCACCAAUGCUCUAAAUAAAUUAAACUCAAAUAACUUUGACACAUACCUAGUACUGUUAUAAACUGUUAAUCAAAUUUAACUCGGCCCGCGUCUUUGGACUCUGUAAGUGCACCCAUUUGAAGUCUGAAGUUAAUUUUGGCGAGUUAGUAGUUAAAACGAAAUAUCUUAUAUUAAGGAUUGGUCUCCGCUGCGCUCCAAAUAGAUACCGCACUACCUAAGAACAAUAGCUUUUUAUUACUGCAACUAUUACAUGCUCGUGUGCGUGGCAUCUUUCAAAUUUUGUAACAUACGCUUCGUGUUUUUUACAUUGAAAUUAAUAAAAUACAAAAUACUUACUGAUGAUAUGUGAUCCCAGUGUCUUUCUUAUUUCUCGUCUUAUUAUUUUUACAAAGUUUUACUACGCAACCCGGCAUUUUAGUUUUGAUUAGUAGCAAAGUUUAACAGAACAUGUGCCACGUCAACGUCACAUUGUUCGAGGCUGCCUCGAGAACGACCACUUGCGCGUAGUAUUAGUUGCCGCCCUUUGUGACUACGCCUGCGGUGUCUGAUUGGAGCGCAGCGGAGACCAAUCUUUAAUCUAAGCGAAAUUUAUUUGACGUUACGUACCUGUAUGUUGUACCAAAUAUUCCAUUUCCCCAAGGUAACCAACGAUUUCUUAUAGUGGUUGUGAUAUAUAGAUCAUUACAAUGAUAGGGGAAACUUAAUUGAAUUCCGCAGGAACCAAACCAAAUUUUCAGUUUUAGAGUAAGGCAACAACUCAGCUAGCAAUUAAAUAACUGCCAUAUUUUAAGGACCUAGAUAUAACAGCGAUUAGUUAUAAAAAUAAAAAUAUAUCAUAGAAUUAUCAUACGUUUAAGCUGAAGUCAUGAUGUACUAGGUUUUUAAUAAUAAUUCUAAGUACAACACCGAAAUUUUAACUUCUACUGAGAACUUUUAAUUAUAUUGUGCUGGAUCUUCCCCUCAUUCUAAUUUCAAAUUUGAAAGAAAACCUUUUUUCGUCUAUAUUAUUUGGGUGUCUAUACUUUUUCUUAACUGGCUAAAAAGGUUUUACUGAUACACAAAUAGCCAGAUGGUGCUUGAGUUCGCACAGCUCGCCAGUCGCUGAAUCAUAAAUCGAUCUCAACUUUCAUGAAGCUAUUAGAUUAAUUUUCUACAAAUAUAAUAACUAAAUCCUAUCCCAUUUUCUUAUUUGAUAUUUUAGUAAAGACAUUUAUUUACUUAGGUCAAUUGAAUUUUGUUAGGUUCGUAUUUUUUAAUUUAUUUAGCCAAAUUUGCUCAAUGUUGUAUACACUCAACACCAAAGUCAUAAUAAGAAAUUUAUAUUUUAUCUAGCAGUACAAAGAAAGAAUAAAGGCAAAAUAUAUGUUAUAUUUUUUAUUUUGCUUAUAGCUUGCCGACUUAACGUGGGCUCGUGUUCAGUGCCCAUUUUAUUAAUUAUAAUAGCAUACAUAAUUCACCACCAUGAUAUUAUUACAUAACAUAAUAGAAGAAAAAUACAUGAACGCUAGUCCAGUCUAAGUCUUCUUGAAUAGCUGGAUUUCUUAUUUAGAUUAUUUUUCAGAGUGUAUUUUAUUUACAUAUUUUGUAUAACUAGGAACCGUCUACAUAACCACAGAACAGUUUAAAGAGAUCUCUUUUACCUGUUCUGUGAAUAUAACCUUAUGUAGCAUUAGGUAUUAUUUUUACCCAUAGACUAAGAUAGAGUAAGUAUCUGUCUAAUAAUUAAUUCAUAUUUCGAUAUCGUACUUAGCCUGAGGUUGAUUUUUAUUCAUGAUAGAUUUAUAUAGACAUUUAGCCAUGUAUUGCUUUCAUUUCGCGAUUCAAUCGAAUAUUUUCCAGUAUUAUAAAUUCUUUCGUAAAUGCUGAAUGUGUCUAAAAUUUGCCUUAAAGAGUUUAUCAUCUAAACAUAUUCUAUUGCUGACAUGUUAAAAUCAUACACAAUAAAAAGAUUGCGCAUGUAAAUAUGUACAUUAUUGUACCUUAUCAUAGAUAUAUCACAAUUUCUUUUCGUACGAUAGAAUAGGUACCUACUUGGUCUAAAUAAUAUCCUGCUGUUUUAGAAUCGUAAGUUCAAAGACCGUUCUAAGUAGGUAUAACUAAAUUCCAAUGCUACUUCUUAUCAAUGAUGCAAGAAAUAAUACAUCUUUUCUUAUUCAUAUUCUAUACUUUUUUUUAUAUAUGAGAGGGGGCAAACGGGCAAGAGGCUCACGGGAUGGGGACCUAUUCCUAUUCGGAUACCUAUUCUGUUAUUCUUAUUUUAUCAUCAAUCGUUUCCAUUACCUAGGCAUUUCAUUGCACCUAUUAUCUAAGUAUUGUUUUUUCUGUAUUCAUCUCGUUAUUGUGGGCAAUAAGCUUUCUGAAAAUAUGUCUCCUGUUUCCUAAGUGAUAACAUAAGACCUAUGUAAAUAUCAGUGUAUUAUGUAAGAUUUAUAACCUAAAUUUUCUUUUUCUUCUUUCACAUGUACAUCACUAUCAUAUAACGCCGAAUAUAGCAGUUUACAUUUAAGACAUUUCAACUUCAUAUUACGUUGUUAAUUAUUAUUAAUUAAAGUAAUAAUAAUUACUUAUAUCCGUUUGAAUUUUCAGUAAUUAUAUGUGGUGCUUAAUUUGUUACGGAUUUAUAGAAAGUACACUGAGCUAUUGAUUUUUAUCAAUAGCUCAGUGUACUUUCUAUAAAUAGGUAGGUAGGUACAUGAUGACAACCUCAUUCGAUAAUUUUAGAAGAUAACCAUAAAUAAUACCUAUGGAAGGUGGUACUGUUUUAUUUUUGAAUUUUUAAAUCAAUCAUCACAGACAACGAAUUAUUUAUGUCUAUGCUGUUGAUUAAUUUCAAACGUCAAUUAAUUAUUAAUUAUUAUUUUCAUUUAACUCAGAAAGUUUGCAAAUCUUUUAUACUUACAACAAAAAUUUCUGAAGAACUCUUUUUAAUAAAAAAUUAAUUAUGUAUCCCACCAUUUUUCAGCUAUUCAAAAUUCUUUAGUGCUCCAGAAUAGAGUUAUUGCAUCAUGUUUAAUAGUUACCAGUAGAUCUAAGGACUAAAAUAUAUAUAAUGAUAAUAUUGAUCAAUAAAAUUGUAUUGUUUGUUUACAAAUAAGUUUGCUUGGGUAAGCAUAUCCAAAAGCGUUGUCAAUAUCACAGCAGUUUUUACCGACACUGUCAGCAUCGGAUAUGUCAAUAGUUUUGGAUGACAUUCAAUCUACAAUAUUCUCUUUGUUCAUUUUGUAGCAAUAAAACAUUCGUGGAAUAAAUGAGAGAAGGUAGAAACUGGCUGGCAGUUGAUCUACUGUGAUAUUAAUAAUCUAUUUAUUAAUCUUUAGAGUACUAUUAUUUAUAACUUUACAAUGUUGAAUAUUAAUUAUAAUUGUAAGUUGGUUAUACUUUACAGAAUUAGGUAUAGAUAGAGUUAUUUUGUAUUGUACCUAUGCGAAGGUCCAGAAUGUGUUCCGAAGAUAGUUGAAUUAUUGAAGAUAUAUUUAAUUGCAGUAAUUUUGUUUUAUAUAUUAUGAUUCCGGCGUUAAACAUCACAAACUAGAUUUCGUUUGGAUGUAGGUACCAUAUAAGCUCUCUAUAUGACUAAUUGCUAUGGUUUGUGUAAAUUUUUAAUCCCAAUAAUGUCAAACGCUAUCCCAAAACUUUAAUACGUCAACUCAAGCUAAGACAUUAUUGACUAUUACAAAUCACAAUAUAAAUAACACUUAAUUUUAACGUAGUUCUUGGCUGCAAUUAGACGUUUUGUCUGGUUUAUUAUACCUCAAUAAGAUUAGAAUGAAUUUAUGUAUGAGAAAAAAUAUCGUCUAAUAUAUUAUUAGCUAUAUUAUAUUUUUUAAUCUUCCAACCUUGUCGCAUUAUUUUUCCGAUCCUUUGUUCAAUUGUCGCGAAUAGGUGAAUGAAAAAUAUGUGUGCAAUAGUUUUUAAUUGAGAUUAAAUAAAUGGUAAAUCUUUUUUAGUUCCAAAUAAUGUGUGAAAAAUGUAUAGAUCUUUUAAUUUAUUUAAUGAUGUUAUUGGUAUAUAUUAUAAUAUUUACAAAUAUAUAAACUUAGAUUCUAAAAA